AUGCUCCUGCGCCCACGCUUUCCACGCCUUCUCGACCUGCGCAGCCCCUCUUCGCCGGCCGCGCGAGCCACCCUCCUCUUCCUCGCCCUCUACCUCGUCGCGUUCCUCUACCUCCGCCGCCGCUGCGACCACGACCCCUCCUCCGCCUUCUUCGCGCCCUACCGCGCCCACACGCCGCGCUACUCGGCCGUGCGGAAGCACGAGGCCGCGCACUUCAUCCUCGACGCAGAGCGGAGCGCGCCGUUCGCGCUGCCGUUUGCGAACCGCUCGGCCGCGGAGCUCGAAGCCGCAGACGCGCCCGGGCCGGAGCUGUGCGUCGGCAUCGCGACGGUCGCGCGCAAGGGCGCGCGCUACUUCCGCCACGCCGUCGGCUCCGUGCUGGAUGGGUUGGACGACGAGGAGCGCAAGCGCCUGCAUCUGCUGCUGUUUAUUGCGCAGACGGACCCGGCCAUGCACCCUGCGGCGGGGGAGAAGUGGAUUGAUAACGUGGCGGAUACGGUCGUGCGCGGCUAUGACGGUGUCGAGGGCGAGGAGCUGGAUCGCAUCAAGGGGUGGGAGCGCGAGCAGGGCUUGUUUCGCCAAAAGGGCCUCUUUGACUACGCGUACCUGCUGGAGCAGUGCGACAAGACGGGCGCGCGGUACACGGUUGUGCUGGAGGACGACGUUGUCGCCAUGAAAGGGUGGUUGCCGCGGGUAGAGGAGGCGUUGAAGGCGGCAGAGGCCAAGACGCACGAAUGGGGCGAAGAGAGCUUCCUGUACCUACGCCUCUUCUACACGGAGCAAUUCCUUGGCUACAACAGCGAAGAAUGGCCGGGCUACCUCUUCCUCUCCCUCCUCACAAUCAUCAGCCUAACAGGAGUCCUGCACAUCCUACGGCGGCGCUCGCCCACCCUCGCAACCACCAUCCUCACGACCCCCGUCCUCUACCUCACCGCGCUGGUCUUCUUGCCCCUAUCCAUCGGCCUCUUCUUCGCCGCCGGGCGGUCCUGCCUCGCGCCCCUCGCGCCCGGCAUCCACCACAUGCCGCGGUACGGGUGCUGCAGCCAGGGGUUUGCGUUCCAGGCACGGCGGGUGCGCGAGCUGGUGACGUUCUACCGGGGCGCGGGGGUCGGGUUCGUGGACAUGCUGACGGAGGAGUUUGCGGAUUCGCGCGGCGAGCUCCGCUGGGCUAUGAGUCCGCCCGUCUUGCAGCAUGUGGGUGCAAGAAGCUCGAAGGCCGAUGGUGGCAGCUUGAGUAGGGAGUUUUCCGCCGCAGAGAGUAUUUGGAGUUAUGGCUUUGAGGAUUUUAGCCCCGAGCGGCUGGAGGAGGAGAAGAUCGCCAGGGCCCAUGGCGUUAGGGUUGGUUGGGGGUUUUAG